AUGGCAUCUCGUCCGAAUUACUCUCGUACAAACUCCAAUAUUCUCCCCAUCCCUAGUAGCGAUGGUGUCAAUACUGUUGAGAUCCCAUCUAGCCGCAGCGCUAUCAGCGAUGCCGCUGCUCUUAUGCACAAUCUCAGCCUAUCGCCCUCCAUGAAGGAGCGCAGGAGUUCCCGCAAUUCAUUCGGUACUUCUCUUCCUAUUCCUCGUUCGCCUCGUCAUUCCCAUCUUGCACCUUCAAAGACAGGCCGUCCCUAUGUCUCACGGGAUAUCCUGACCAGCCAGGUUCAGGAUAUGUCCUCGGAGAAGGUAGAGGCUGCGAAGAACAUGGCGUUUGCAUUCGAUAUUGAUGGUGUGCUUGCGCACGGUCCCGAGCCUAUCGAAGAAGCAAAGGAAGUUAUGAAGAUCUUGAACGGCGACAACGAGCUCGGAAUCAAGAUUCCUUAUAUCCUCGUUACCAAUGGUGGCGGUAAAACUGAAGUUGCUCGCUGCGCGCAGCUCUCGGAGAUGCUUGGGGCUCCUAUCUCUACCGAUCAGUUCAUUCAGUCCCACACACCCAUGCAGGCUUUGUCCGAGUACUACGAGACUGUACUUGUCUGCGGUGGUGAAGGGUACAAAGUCCGAGAAGUCGCAGAGACCUACGGUUUCCAAAACGUAGUCCACCCGAAAGACAUCCUAGCCUGGGACCCAACCAUUUCACCAUGGCGCUCAUUCUCCGAGGCCGAUCGAGUAAACGCCAAGCCUAGAGAUUUCUCCAAGAUGAAAUUCGAUGCUAUCCUCGUCUUCGCCGACUCCUAUGACUACGCUACAGACUUCCAAAUUAUUAUGGAUCUCUUACUCUCCGAAGACGGAAAACUCCUUACAAAGGCCGAAGACCCUCUUGCAAGCCGUAUCCCUAUCUAUUUCUCACAGGGUGACUUGGUCUUCCCAACAAACCACAAGGGCCUUCCUCGUCUAACCCAGGGUGCAUUCCGUAUCGCUAUCGAAGCUCAAUACAAAGCCCUAACAGGCUGUGAGCUCGAGCGUGUGGUAUACGGUAAGCCCGAGCGGGCUACAUACACCUACGCCGACGAAGUCCUCAAGCACUGGAUGGAGGAGAUCCACAAUGAGAACCGUCUACCCAAGAACGUCUACAUGGUCGGUGAUAACCCACAGUCCGAUAUCAUCGGUGGAAACAUGUAUGGCUGGAAUACUUGUCUUGUUCGCACUGGUGUGUUCAAGGGUAAAGAGGGUGAGAACGAUACAAACAACCCUGCCAACUUUGGUGUUUUCAAUCACGUCCUCGAUGCUGUUAAGGCUGCUAUUCGCAAGGAACUUGGUCAGGAUUUCAAGCUCAAGUGGAACCCUAAGGUUAAUCCUGUUCUGCAUGGUGAUGAGAACAGCGCUGCUGUUGAGUAA